UUACCGCUGAAAUAACUGUGAUCUAUUUAAGGACGACCUAGCCAUCUGCUUCUAGGGUUUUAUUCUCCAUCAGCAGCAGCAGCAGCAGCUUCAGCUUCGUCAACCUCUGGUCUCCGAAGCUUCACAGGGGAAAAUGCCGUCACACAAGACGUUCAUCAUCAAGAAGAAGCUGGCGAAGAAGAUGAGACAGAACAGGCCCAUCCCUCACUGGAUCCGAAUGAGGACAGACAACACUAUCAGGUAUAAUGCGAAGCGGAGGCACUGGCGCCGCACCAAGCUAGGAUUCUAAGAUGGAUGAGUUAGUUUAAGCAUUUGAUUUUGUUAAGCGUUGUUAGUUUAAUUGCAAGACUGAGUUUUGUUUUAAUUUUUGAAGCAACUGAUAGAUUACCAAUUUGAGAUUUAUUUUAUGUUUAAUCGUUUCAAGUUAUGGUAUUGAUACUGACUAAUCUAUCUAUUUCAAUGUGAGAUGUUCAAGUUGCUUUUCUAA